GCAGCCGCCUGCGUCACCGCUCGGGCCCCGCCCCUCCGCCUGCAGCCCGGGCAGCGCGGGUGAAACUGCCAUCAGCACUGACCGCGCGUGGAACCGGGCCUGCCACCAUGCUACUGUUGUCCAGAACUGUGGUCCCAGGGCUUCACCUGGCCUGCAGACUCAAAUCAACCUCAAGGAUCUGUGUUCGGGUCUGCUCUACAAAUGAUUCUUUUCAGCCUGAGAGACCCAGCCUUGCCUUCACUGGUGAUCAAUCCAGCACCAGGAGAUGGAAAGUCAUGGGGACCUUGCUAGGCCUUGGUGCUGUCUGGGCCUAUCAUGACCACCAAUGCAGGGCCACUCAGGAGUCACCACCAAGAAUAUACACAAGGGAGGAAGUGAGUUCCCACUGCACCCCAGAAACUAGGGUCUGGGUGACUCUGGGCAGUGAGGUCUUUGAUGUCACAGAAUUUGUGGACCUGCACCCAGGAGGGGCAUCGAAGAUAAUGCUAGCAGCUGGGGGUCCUCUCGAGCCCUUCUGGGCCACCUAUGCUAUUCACAACCAGUCCCAUGUACGUGAGAUACUGGCUCAGUACAAGAUUGGGGAGUUAAGGCUUGAAGACAAGGCACCCACCACCCUAAAGACCUCUGACCCUUAUGCUGAUGAUCCCAAACGUCACCCAGUCCUGAAGGUCAACAGCCAGUGCCCCUUUAAUGCAGAGCCACCCCCUGGGCUGCUGACAGACAAUUACAUCACCCCCAAUCCUAUUUUCUUCACUCGGAACCAUCUGCCUGUACCUAACUUGGACCCAGACACCUAUCGCCUGCAUGUAGUAGGGCCACCUGAAGGUCAGUCAUUGUCCUUAUCCCUGGAAGACUUGUACAGAUUCCCCAAGCAUGAGAUAACAGUCACUCUGCAGUGUGCAGGAAACCGCCGCUCUGAAAUGACUCGGUUCAAAGAAGUAAAAGGUCUGGAGUGGAGAACGGGGGCGAUUAGCACUGCAUGCUGGGGUGGGGCCCGGCUCUGUGAUGUCUUAGCCCAGGCUGGCCACCAAGUCUGUGAAAAUGAGGCCCACGUCUGUUUUGAGGGAUUGGACUCAGACCCCACUGGGACUUACUAUGGAGCAUCUAUCCCUCUGGCUCGUGCAAUGGAUCCAGAAGCUGAAGUGCUGCUGGCAUAUGAGAUGAAUGGGGAGCCUCUGCCUCGUGACCACGGCUUCCCCGUGCGGGUGGUGGUUCCUGGUGUGGUGGGUGCCCGCCAUGUGAAAUGGUUGGGCAAAGUGAGUGUGGAACCAGAGGAAAGUUACAGUCACUGGCAGCGGCGGGAUUACAAAGGCUUCUCUCCAUCUGUGGACUGGGACACUGUUGAUUUUGACUCUGCUCCAUCUAUUCAGGAACUUCCCGUCCAGUCAGCCAUCACAGAGCCCCAAGAUGGAGAGACAAUAGAGACAGGAGAAGUUACUAUCAGGGGCUAUGCAUGGAGCGGUGGUGGAAGGGCUGUGGUCCGGGUGGAUGUGUCUCUGGAUGGGGGCAUAACCUGGCAGACAGCUGAGCUCAAUGGAGAGGAGCAGCGCCCCCGAAAGGCCUGGGCCUGGCGGUUAUGGCAACUGAAAGUCCCUGUGCCUACUGGGAAAAAAGAACUAAACAUUGUUUGUAAGGCUGUAGAUGACAGCUACAAUGUACAGCCAGACACUGUUGCCCCAAUCUGGAACCUCCGAGGUGUGCUCAGUAAUGCCUGGCACCGUGUACAUGUCCAUGUGGCCAAAUGAGUGAAAUGAAACCAUUUAUUCCUAGA